AUGUCUCGCGAAGCCUACCAGGUGCCCUCGAUGGGCGGUAGCCAGAACAACUUCUCCAACGAGGGUAGCGGUAGCGCCAUGGCUGUUGACAGCCCUGCGAUCAACUAUAUCUGCGGCCACUGCAGCUCGCGCGUUCCUCUGCGACGCAGCGAGCAUAUUCGCUGCAAGGAGUGCGGUCAUCGUGUGCUGUACAAGGAGCGGACUAAGCGCAUGGUCCAAUUCGAGGCUCGUUGA